AUGGUCAAAGGUAAGAAGAGGUUGAGGAAGAAGGAUAUCCAUACUCCACUGCUGGUUCAGAUCUCUGUGUACAGUGGCCACAUCAGCCAGGACUUCAGUGAGCAGGCUGCUGUAGCCUGUACAGUCGUAGAGCGCUGCUGUAUGGCCCCCAUAGUCCAAAAGAUAGACAUCUACAAGGACGGAAUCCAGGGAACCCUUUUUAUACCAGCAGGUCCUGGACCAUUCCCUGCUGAGCUGGAGCUAUCUGGGGGAGGAGGGGGUCUGUUUGAGCAUCGCUCCUCCCUAUUAGCAUCCGAAAGCUACGUCUCCUUAGUGCUGCAGUACCCCACGGACGUCUCUACCACGGUUGCCAUAGGAUGCAAGUACUUUGAGGUAUUUGCACAGUUCAUUGUGGAAAAAGAUUCAAGAGGCCUCAAAUGCACAGUACAGUAUGUGGGAGAGGGCAGGGAACCUGUGUCUUACCCUGGGGCUGGUCACCUGAUCAAACCUUUCUACACUCCUCACUUCCGCUCCAGCAACUCCCAAGAACAGAGGCAAAGAUGCGCUCCAACCCACCCCUGA